AUGGCGGCGCACGCGAUGCUGGUCUGUGGGGGACGGAGCGGAGCUGCUGGCCUCCGGGGCUGCCUCUCCAGCUACCUGCUGGGCGUCUUGGGGACGUUAUCCCCGCCCAGCCCAGCCUCCCGCCUCUGCCCCCUCCUGCUGCGCAGCUUUGCUGUCGAGGCCAAGAAAACCUACGUGCGGGACAAGCCCCAUGUCAACGUGGGCACCAUCGGGCACGUGGACCACGGCAAGACCACGCUGACAGCUGCCAUCACCAAAAUCCUAGCUGAGGCUGGAGGUGCCAAGUUCAAGAAGUACGAGGAGAUUGACAACGCGCCAGAGGAGAAGGCUCGUGGCAUCACCAUCAACGCCUCCCAUGUGGAGUAUGCCACCGCCAACCGGCACUACGCCCACACCGACUGCCCCGGCCACGCCGACUACGUCAAGAACAUGAUCACUGGCACCGCUCCCUUAGACGGCUGCAUCCUCGUGGUGGCAGCAACAGAUGGGCAGAUGCCACAGACCCGAGAGCACUUGCUGCUGGCCAAACAGAUCGGGGUGCGGCACAUCGUGGUGUACAUCAACAAGGCGGACGCAGUAGAAGACCAGGAGAUGCUGGAGCUGGUGGAGCUGGAGAUCCGGGAGCUGCUCUCUGAGUUUGGCUACGAUGGGGAGAAGACGCCUGUCAUUGUGGGUUCUGCCCUCUGCGCCCUGGAACACCGCAGCCCCGAACUGGGACUGAACUCCAUCCUGAAGCUGCUGGACGCGGUCGAUACACACAUCCCACUGCCCGUGCGGGAGCUAGACAAGCCAUUCCUGCUGCCCAUCGAGUCAAUCUACUCCAUCCCAGGGCGUGGGACAGUGGUGACAGGGACACUGGAGCGUGGCAUCGUCAGGAAGGGGGAGGAGUGCGAGUUUGUGGGGCACAACCGCAACCUGCGCUCCGUGGUGACAGGCAUCGAGAUGUUUCACCAGAACCUGGAGCGGGCUGAGGCCGGAGACAACCUUGGGGCGCUGGUGCGGGGGCUGAAGCGGGAGGACGUGCGGCGUGGCAUGGUGAUGUGCAAGCCCGGCUCCAUCAAGCCCCAUCAGAAGAUCGAGGCCCAGGUGUACAUCCUCAGCAAGGAGGAGGGCGGGCGGCACAAGCCUUUCGUCUCUAACUACAUGCCUGUAAUGUUCUCCCUUACCUGGGACAUGGCCUGUCGGACCAUCCUGCCCCCUGGAAAGGAGAUGGUGAUGCCCGGCGAGGACACAGCCCUGACCCUCACCCUGCGGCAGCCCAUGGUGCUGGAAGAAGGUCAGCGCUUCACCCUGCGCGAUGGCAACCGCACCAUUGGCACCGGUGUGGUCACCAAAACGUUGGAGAUGGGGCCAGACAAUGACAAGUGGGGGGCUUAAAGGCUGGGCCGGCUCUGCCCCCAGGCCUGUGUCCGCAAACUGGGGGCAGUGCUAGUUCUGUCUGGUGUCCCCCUCUGUGGUGCUGGGGGGGUGCCCUAAGAACUUGUUUAUCGCUGCUGCCCCCGGCGGCAUCAUGGUCAGCCAGAGCGGGGUGCAAACUGCCUGUUGUAUGAACUGCUCGGCCAUGGGGCAUCAGAAAUUGAACUGCCCUUCUGUGGUGGCUCUCCUGCCCAGAGCCCCUCCAGUAGGGGGCUAGAAGGGGCUUAUACAGCUUCCUGCUGUUUGGUUUCUUUUGUUAAUAAAGGUGCGAAUCAUGGCUGGGUCCUUCCUGCUUCUUGGGGGGUGCUGGAGGUGACUGUUGGAUGAAGGGGGUUCCUCGCAUGGGAGCAGCUGGUGCCAGGGGCUCACGUCCCCACAAUGAGUUGAGCUGUGACAGUGAUAGUAGCCCUGUAGGGACCAGGCAGCAUUCCUUACAGAGGGCUGCUCUCAGGCAGGUCCCAGCUCUUGUCCAGGGCACUGGGUCAGCACCCAGCUUUGGGGGCUUGCCUAGCAAAGCAGGGGGAGAAGGGGGUGGAUUAGCUCCCAGGGAGCACCGCUGGGGGCUGAUGAAGCUGAAGGAGAAUGUUGGCAGAAGGGGAAAUAGAGACAUUACCCUGCCUGAAGUCAGGGUAGCGAGGGGAAGGGGUGGAACCGCCUCCCCCCAGAGUAAAGAGCAGGGCCCUAUUUGGUGCAGAGCAGCAGGCUCCUUCACCCCUUCCAGUAGCAGCAGGGGCCUAGCCCCUAAGUGACACCUCCUUGCCCCCUGAGGGGUAGGAACACAGGGCAGCAGCUGCAGAUCUCACUCCCCCUUAACAGGCUUCUUUCUGGUUUCCCUACACUAGUUUUAGUCACUCCAUUACAGGCAGGGAUCUUUAGCAGCAAGUGCCAGGCUCUGCCUAGUGUACAGCCCCCACUGGGGAAGCCCCUUCCUCUCACCCGGGCCCACCCCCAGCAGAAAAGAAGGGGCAGAUAGACAGGAACAGAAGCCAGGACUCCAACCCUCCCUUACACUAUUCUCCUCCCUCACAAGCCCCCAGAGACUCACCCCAACACCCACCAUGGAGUUAGUUUAAAAUUUUAUUUUAUUUUUUUUCCACUUUUUAAAUAUUUUUAUGUAAUAAAAAGUCGGUGUUCAUCA